AGAUUAUCAGAGCGCUCGGCAGCAGAGAGAGAAAGAGGGAGACGCGGAGGAGAGCAGCAGCCCCACCGAUUCUCAAGCGAGAGAGAAAGGCACAGCGUCUGGAGCAAGAGCUGGGCGGGGAAAUAACUGCGGUACUCAAGAAAUACUUCAUUGCCGAACUGCAGCAAUUUGUCGGCAUCGCAACUUCGUCCGUGUAAAGCAAAAUGUCAUCGUCGGGGAAAGACAACAGCUCCCAACAACAUGCGAAUUACGUGGGACCGUAUCGCCUGGAAAAGACGCUUGGCAAAGGACAGACAGGCCUCGUGAAGCUGGGGAUCCACUGUGUCACAUGUCAGAAAGUUGCCAUAAAAAUUGUAAACCGGGAGAAACUCAGCGAGUCUGUGUUGAUGAAGGUGGAGAGAGAAAUAGCUAUUCUGAAGCUCAUAGAACACCCCCAUGUUUUGAAGUUGCACGACGUCUAUGAAAAUAAGAAAUAUUUAUAUUUGGUUCUAGAGCAUGUGUCAGGUGGAGAACUAUUUGACUACUUGGUAAAAAAGGGCAGGUUAACACCCAAAGAGGCCAGGAAGUUCUUCAGACAGAUCAUCUCGGCGCUGGACUUCUGCCACAGUCACUCCAUAUGCCACAGAGACCUGAAACCAGAGAACCUGCUGCUGGAUGAGAAGAAUAAUAUCAGGAUAGCAGACUUUGGCAUGGCUUCUCUACAGGUUGGAGACAGUCUCUUAGAAACCAGCUGUGGAUCCCCUCACUAUGCCUGUCCAGAGGUUAUAAGGGGGGAGAAAUACGAUGGCAGGAAAGCUGAUGUAUGGAGCUGUGGAGUCAUUCUCUUUGCACUUUUGGUGGGUGCUUUGCCAUUCGAUGACGAUAACCUGAGGAAUUUGCUGGAGAAAGUGAAGCUCGGGGUCUUUCACAUGCCCCAUUUCAUCCCUCCAGACUGCCAGAACCUCCUGAGGGGGAUGAUCGAGGUGGACGCCACCAAAAGGCUCACGUUAGAACAGAUACAGAAGCACACAUGGUACAUAGGAGGAAAGAACGAGCCAGAACCUGAACAGCCGGUUCCCCGAAAAGUGGCGAUCCGCACGCUACCCUCCACCGAGGACAUCGACCCGGAUGUGCUGGAAAGCAUGCACUCGCUGGGCUGUUUCCGAGACAAGAACAAACUAAUGAAAGACCUGCUGUCAGACGACGAUAACCAGGAAAAGAUGAUCUACUUCCUGUUGUUGGACCGGAAGGAGAGAUAUCCAAGUCAUGAGGAUCAGAAUCUACCACCCAGAAAUGAGAUCGAUCCUCCCAGGAAGCGAGUGGACUCUCCACUUUUGACGAGGCACAACAAGAGGAGGCCAGAGCGCAAGUCAAUGGAAGUGCUGAGCGUGACAGAGGGCGGUUCUCCUGUUCCUGUGAGACGCGCCAUCGACAUGGCACAACACGGGCAGAGUAAAUCUGUUUUCAGUAAAAGCUUGGAUAUCUCAGAUGCCAACCCCAUACUGCAAAGCAAGGAGGAGAGGUCCCGGUCCAUCAGCGGAGCCUCUUCUGGUCUGUCCACUAGUCCCCUCAGCAGUCCUCGGCCCAUGCGGCGGUUCGCUGUUCCUCCACAAUCCUCAGACCUCACAUAUUCACCCAACCACAGCCCUACCCACGCGCCUGUGGCCCGGCUGAACGGCACAGGGCCUCACUCCCCCAAAAUAUUUCUACCAAAGACAGCUGCCGAUCAACUCAACAACAAAACCCAGACCCUUCCAGCCAAGCCCAAAGUUGCAGACAAGCCCCUGCAGGCCACCCGGUCCAACCCGCUUCCUAACAGCACGCCUGUGCCACCGGUGGCCAAGUCUGAACCUUCUACGCCCUGCCAACCCCUGCCCCCGCAGAUACCCGGCAGCCCGAAAAUACGGCGGCCACCACUCACAGUGCCGCCCAAGCUCUCUGUACCGCUUUCACCCCUUUCACCCAUCCGGCUUCACCACCUUCACCCGCUGGCCGGGACUGACCACAACGGCAAAUCUAUCCCCACCAUACAGGUUACACCCCACCCCUCUCCCAGGGGCAGCCCAUUGCCAACUCCGAAAGGAACACCGGUGCACACGCCUAAGGAGAGCCCAGCCGGGACCCCCAGCCCAACGCCACCCCCCAGCCCCUCUAUUGGAGGCAUGCCAUGGAGAACACGUCUCAACUCCAUUAAAAACAGCUUCCUCGGCUCACCACGCUUCCACCGCAGGAAACUACAAGUUCCCACACAAGAGGAGAUGUCCAGCCUAACACCAGAGUCUUCCCCCGAGCUUGCCAAAAAAUCUUGGUUUGGAAAUUUUAUUAACCUGGAAAAGGAGGAGCAGAUCUUUGUGGUGAUUCGGGAUAAGCCUCUGAGCUCCAUCAAAGCAGAUAUUGUCCAUGCCUUUCUCUCUAUUCCCAGCCUCAGCCACAGUGUGGUGUCUCAGACGAGUUUCCGGGCAGAAUACAAGUCCACGGCCGGCCCCACAGUGUUCCAGAAACCAGUGAAGUUCCAGGUGGACAUCACCUACACCGAAAGCAUGGCUGCCACCAAGGAGAACGGCAUCUACUCUGUCACUUUCACACUGCUCUCAGGUCCCAGCCGACGCUUCAAACGGGUGGUGGAGACGAUUCAGGCUCAGUUGUUAAGUACACAUGACCAGCCUGGUGUCCAGCAGCUGUCUGGAAUUAUCCAGAAAACGUGUUAAAGCCCAAGUCCUGCUCUUGCACAAGAUUCAUGUAUGGCACAUUGAUGGAGGGCACAUUACACAGGACGUGUAACUGAGGGAAACUCCUCAUUCUGAUGCAUCUAAACACGCCAACGAGAGCCGUUCCAACCUUUUUUUCCUCCUGCAGCUACUGUACAUACAGCCACACAUUUCCAAGGAUUUGGAGCGAAGCCUUAAAGCGAAGAUGUUUAUGAAUUCUCUCUAUAAGCUGACCCACGAUGCAUCUAUUUAUUUAUUUAGUCCUUCUCUUUCUGCCAAUGCACACACAAACGUACACGCAGGAUGUUGCUACAAAAGGUACGGAACUCUGGACUUCAUAGCGCACACGUUUGAGGAGUUGCCCUCCAGGAUCGUUGUUGGAUUGUAUUUCUUUUUUAAUGUAGUCUUUCUUUGUGAAAUGAAAAAUUUAAAACAUUUUAUGGACUCAGUGUCAUGUACAAGAUCCUAUUUGAAAAAUGACGGGGCGGAUGGGGGAGUGGCGGUAAAUGAUCUAUUCUGUUGUACAGACUGAAAAUAUUCCUUAUGUAACAAAUGUCUAUCGGUUCCAUCGCUUAGAAGAAUUUGUGUUGCCACGUCCUGUUUUGUUUUUUCUUUCACGUAGCGUUCAUGAAAUGCUAGUUUUGAAUGAUGAUUAUGCUUAAUGUAUUCAGUGAGUUACUCCUGAUGUCAAUUUUGGAAUUGUUUUUUUAUUUAUUUUAAUUUCUAUUGAGAAACAUCUGCAGGAUUCAGAGACUUUUACCCUUUUUUUGUAACUUAUUUAUGCGUUUUUAAUUUAUUAAGCUGGGGAAUAUUUAUAUAUACAAAACCGGGUGGUGGAGAUUUUAUUGUCUGCAUCAGGGCGACUCGUCAGAUUGUCUGAAGGAUCUUGUGUUUUGUGUACGAUAACACUUAUCCGAUUUUGUGAAUGAAGCACUCUUUCUUUCCCGGCUUUGACCAGAUUAAAGAGCUUGUAGUAUAUGUUAAAUUAUUUACUGGUAAUUUAAGAAUGUAGACUAGCCUCUUUGGGGAGGGCGGGAGGGGUGAGGGAUAACGAAGUAUUGAUAUCUCAUCUCAUUGUGCGUGUAAAACAGGUGGACGAGCUCAAAUCACAUGUUGUAAAUAGACAACUUUGGGCAAACGACUUUCUUAAAACCAUCAAGGGGAUCCUGCUGCUCCUGACUCUAUCUCUCGUAUUGCAUGUCCGACAUUCGGCUUUAAUUUGCAUGAUGUUGUGGAUGUUAAAUUUCUCCUUCCUCUUCGCCUUUUUCAUCAUCGACUCGUUUCUCCUGUUAUAUUUGUUUUUUCAGUUUGUCGUUUUUCCUCUCAUCUCACUUAUCUUGAAGGGUUUUCUUCAUGUUUCUGCAUCAUGCUCUCGGAACAAGGGUCUGGGAUGUCAUUACACAUGAUCACUUAUGGGAACAUACAGCGUGGAGAAUAAGCGGAGAUGUACUCUAAGCAAUACACAUUGUUGUCCUUCCUAUUUUGUACUUUGGGAGAAAAAAAAAAGGAGCAAAGCUGGAUUGUAAUGUAUCACGGAUUUGCUUAAUACCGAGCGGGAAAAAUAGAAUCGCCGCUAAUGUAUCCCCUUGUAACUACUGUGAACAACUUCAGUGCAACGGAAAUAAAUCCAUUGACUUUGGGAUGUUG